UUUCUUGCAAGUCAUUAAAAAUUGCAUAAUUGAUUAAUUAAAUUGCUGAUUUAGAUCGCGCGAUCAAGAAAUGGCUUGGGAAAAAAUUAUUAGACCUGGAAUAAAGCAAAAUCUGAUAGGAGCACUUCUGGCAUCUCAAGAUAACAUGGUAAACCGUAAAAACAGCUUUCAAUUGUAUGGAGCUGAUUUCGUAGUGGCAGAUGAUUUUUCGGUAUGGCUGUUAGAAAUAAAUACAAAUCCACGAUUGCAUCCGCCAAGCAGUGAAGUCACCGCGAAACUCUAUCCGGAAGUCAUAGAGGACGCGAUAAAAGUGGUCUUAGAUCUUCGUAAAAAUAAAAAAGCACCUUGCGGAAGAUUCGAAUGUAUUUACAAGCAACGUAAUCCGUUUUAUGGCGUCAAUGUCUUGGGGCAAGGUACGAGUCUUGGCAUUCGUGGUAAAGGUUUAUUUAUGACGCCGAAAUUGCCGCGAGAUCUCUGACUCUAACACAACCGUAACAUUGCCGAAAUACGCUUCUCCGAAAACCUAUUUCGCACAGAACUGUUUUAGUUCCAAUCAUAAUCCGUCCAAUCCUAAUGCAAGCAAUUUCGUAUUAGCAUAUAAACAAUGCGUCAUGGAUUGCUAGGUAAACGUAUUGAAAAAGCACAUUGGUAUUCUCUUUUUUCGUUACAUGACGCGCGAUUAACAGAAUAAUAGCAAGUAAUUUAUUACAAACAUGUUUAUUUUACAAGUAACAGUACGCGGUAGGUAUACAAUCCUAUAUGGAUAAAUAUUUUUUUUUUCGCAGAACAAUGAAUAUACAUUACUAUGAUGUAAGGCUAUGUCAUAUCCAUAUAUUAUUCACGUACACAAUCACUUAAUUUUACAUCGCUAUUAUUCUUUUAAUUUGUCUUUUUAUUGUAAAAUCAUCAUUUCAUUCUCAUUUU